UCCCCCGCUUCCCACUUGUUACCAUGGCCCACCCAGCUCUCAAGAGCCUCAAGGUUUUCGACGUUGCUCGCCUCGCCGCACACCCCUUCACGGCCCGUGCUGCCACCAAGCUCGUCGCUGCCCAGUCCGAGAUUGUUGCCCGUGCCCAGAAGGUGCCCGCUGAGACCAAGCCCUCCAUCGAUUUCGAUCACUACAAGAGCAUUCUCGACCGAUUCGAUCCCCACCUCGUCGCCACCGCUAAGGCCGAGUACGAUCGUUUCCAGGCCACUCCCUCCACCACCAAGAUCACCAUCGACGGCCAGGCCACUUGGGAUCAAGACGCUGCCUCGUUGGUGGCCGACUCCAAGAAGGACAUUGCCACUAUCGACGCCAAGCUCAAGCAGAUUGCUGAGCUCAAGCCUGUCGAGGAGAUGACACACGCCGAUCUCUACGAGAUGAGCCCUCGCCACUUUGAGCGCACUGUCGCCAUGCUUCGCGAGUACUACCCUUCAUACAUGAAGAAGGAGCACGGCGAGGUUUCCGACGAGGCCAAGACCUAUGCCCGAUCGUUCGUCCCCAAGCGUUAAAACCAAAUUGCGCGUUUUGUGAUGGUUGAUUGGGGUGGUUGGCGAAAUGUUUAAAGCAGUAGUCUUGCUUGGCCUUUUCUACUUUUGGUGCUGUCCAUCCUCGAUUGUCAUUUUUUUGCUUGAUUCAAUAACAAAUGUGUGUACUUCAGCGGA